AUGCACUGUUUGACGUUUUGCACCGCCUUAGCCUUGCCUCUGGGCCAGUUUCCUCUGAUGGAGCUUGGUCGGUUGGUUUGGUUUGUGUUUAUCGGGGGAUCUAGGGGGAAAAUACCAGAUUUGGAGGAGAAGGUCCAAAAUGCGUUCCUAGAACCCCCUCAGUUAGGUUCCGCUCUACAAAAAGGAAAAACGGACGGGUCUAAGGCCUCGAUGAGGGUGGGGGAAGAUACGCGAAAAUUUGGCUCUGAUUGGAGGUAUCGUGGGUCGACCGGUCAAAUUUGGCGCCGCCGCCCAUCACUAAAGAACGACCGGGGUCCUACGUAG